AUGGCAGCAAACCAACCGGAAGCCUACGCCGAUGAUUUCCUCGAGCAAAUUCUCGCUAUUCCUUCCUAUGGCUUGCCGGUUGCUGAUGUUGGCACUCCAUCAGAGACGACGUCGUUUACCUCGGCGUCUGCCGUAUCUCAUCUUAACUCUGCCGCUGCUGCUGGCCUACAGCAACCUAUGUUCCCGUUGGGAUUGAGCUUGGAUAACGGCCGUGAUGACGUCAGCGAAGCUGGUGCUUAUGCAGUGAAGCAUGAAAGAGAUGGAAUGAAUAUCGGAAAUUUAUAUGUAGGUCUAGAACACUUGCAAUCUCAUGCAGUUCGUCACUCUCUGCCUUCUGUUCACCAUGUCCAGCCUUUUCAAGGCCCACCAACAACGAGCACAACAGUAACUGUACCGCAGCCACCUUCAAUUCGUCCUAGGGUUCGAGCUCGGAGGGGACAAGCCACAGAUCCACAUAGCAUUGCUGAGAGGCUGAGAAGAGAGAGGAUAUCUGAAAGAAUAAAGGCUUUGCAGGAACUGGUACCCAGCUGCAAUAAGACAGAUAGGGCAGCAAUGCUUGAUGAGAUUCUGGACUAUGUGAAGUUCUUAAGGCUUCAAGUUAAGGUACUGAGCAUGAGUAGGCUGGGAGGAGCCAGUGCAGUGGCACAACUUGUUGCUGACAUUCCAUUGCAAUCUGUGGAGGGGGACAGUGGUGAAAGUAGAUCCAACCAGCAUAUAUGGGAUAAAUGGUCCAAUGUAGACACAGAACAAGAGGUUGCUAAGCUCAUGGAGGAAGACGUCGGUGCAGCCAUGCAAUACCUUCAGUCUAAAUCACUCUGCAUCAUGCCCAUAUCACUUGCUGCACUCAUCUAUCCUACUCAGCAACCGGAUGACCAGUCACUGGUCAAGCCUGAAGCGGCAGCCCCAUCAUAG